CAGCUGAUUUUUGUUGUUUCAUAACCUUACCGCAUUUCAGCUGUUCAUUGAAUUGUCGUGAACAUUUUUCAGUUUUAAAUAAAAAAUAAUGGAUUUACAUAAAUUGUUACAACCCGCUACAUUACUGACAAACACGGUGCGUGCUUAUGGCAAACAUAAUAAGAAAUACUUAUAUAAAGAUGGACAGAAAUACGGCAAAAUUAUUUAUUAUCCAAUGAACCCUGAACAUGAGGACCCACCAAUCGAACCAGCAAAACUUUUCCGCGUUCAACGCGUAAAACCCGUCAAAGGAAACCCUUUUUGGGAAAAGCGUAUUCUUAAGGAUCUUGGACUUGAUGGAAAGCAAAGUGAUUUCACAGUAGUGAAAAACAUACCCGAUGUGAAUGCUAUGCUGUGGAAAAUAAAGCAUUUAAUUAAAGUCACACCGAUCACAUUUCCAUAUGGAGAACCAAGUACGCAAGAUCUUAAACACACCGUACUCAAGGAGAAUGGAGAAUGUAUUGUAACGAAGGAAAUUGGUCCGGUUGUUGAACGCCUUGAGGCAGCUGAAGCAUUUGAAGCAGACCCCAAACGUUUAGAUACAGAUUUAUUAAAACGUGAUGCUCGAAUGAAAUGGCUGAACCCAUGGUAGAGAAUAUAAAAAAAAGUUUGCAGUUUAUGCCAUUAUUUUAAUAAAAAAAAAUACAUAAAUCAAAUUUAAA